ACAGUUACUGGAUAUGUUAAAGUUUUACGCACGUUUUGAAAUCAAUGAUGAAUCUGGAGAUCCCUUAACAGAUCAUGAUAUGACGCAAAUUCAUUACAGGAAAAUAACAUCAUUACAAAAAGCUGCGUUCGCUAAAUUUCCAGAGCUUCGAAUGUUUGCUUUGGCUAAUGUUGCAAGUGUCGAUACUAGAAAUUCCCUUAUAAAACAUUUUGGUCCAUUGAGCCAAGAAAAGCUGCGGGCUAUAGCUACAUAUUUAAACUUAGUACCGGCUCCUGAAGAAGAAAAAUUGAUAAACUGGUGCAGAUUGGAUGAAACGUUCCUUAGGGAAUUACUGAUUUCUAGGCAUGAACGUAGGGUGUCUCAACUUGAGGCCUUAAACGAGAUGCCCUUGUAUCCUACUGAAGAUGUCAUUUGGAACGAAAACGUUGUACCAACAGCAUAUUUUUCGGGAGAGGGAUGUCUUGCUUUACCCAAACUUAAUUUACAAUUUUUGACGCUGCAUGAUUAUUUGUUACGGAAUUUUAAUUUAUUCAGACUUGAAUCUACAUACGAAAUAAGACAAGAUAUCGAAGACGCUGUCAGCAGACUUUGUCCAUGGAAAUCUGAAGAUGGCGGUGUUUAUUGGGGUGGUUGGGCCAGAAUGGCGCAGCCCAUUAUCAAUUUUGCUGUCGUGGAAGUUUCAAAGCCAAACAUUGGCGAGAAAAAGCCUAGCAGAGUUAGAGCAGACAUUACAGUUAACUUAUCAAUUCGACCGGAAGUAAAAGCUGAAUGGGAAAACCUACGGAAACAUGACGUGUGUUUUUUGAUAUCAGUAAAUCCUCCCAACACAAUCGGAACUCGUUAUGAUUACAAACAACCCUUCAUUCCACAAGUUGGUUUGCACUAUGUAAGGGGUUGCGAAGUGGAAGGGAUGCUAGACAGUAACGGCAGGGUGAUAGAGGACGGUCCAGAACCUAGACCUCAACUACCUGGGGAUAAAAGAACCUAUAGGGUUUGGCUGGAUUGUAAUCAAUACAGGGACGAUAUGAACAGGGCCAAUGAAGGACACGAAGAUGUCUACGAAGGUUUUAAUAUUUUGAUGCGUAGGAAACCCAAGGAAAAUAACUUUAAGGCUGUGUUGGAAACAAUUAGAGAACUUAUGAACACUGAAUGUGUUGUUCCUGAUUGGCUUCACGAUAUUAUUCUGGGAUAUGGGGAUCCCAGUGCAGCUCAUUAUACCAAAAUGCCCAACCAGAUAUCUACCACCGAUUUUAAUGAUACUUUUAUUGAUAUGGAUCAUCUAAGGUCUUGCUUCCCUGAUUAUGAAAUCAAAGUGAACACUGAUAAUCCCGAGAAGUUGAAACGUCCUUUCAAAUUAAGUUUUAAGGAUCUGGGUCGAGAAAAUGAAGAAAAAGAAGAAAAAGUUUUGGUAGUUGAGCCCCACGUAAUACCAAGCAGGGGACCUUAUUUAUUUAAUGAACCAAAAAAAAAUUCUAUAGCAUUCACUUCCACACAAGUCGAAGCAAUUAAGGCUGGAAUGCAACCAGGUCUAACAUUAGUCGUGGGGCCGCCUGGUACCGGAAAAACAGACGUUGCCGUGCAAAUUAUUUCGAAUAUUUAUCACAACUUUCCUAAUCAACGCACCCUCAUUGUAACACAUUCCAAUCAAGCUUUGAAUCAACUGUUCGAUAAAAUCGUCGCUUUGGAUAUUGAUGAGAGACAUCUUCUUCGUUUAGGUCAUGGUGAAGAAGCCUUGGAGACUGAAAAAGACUUUAGCAGAUAUGGAAGAGUGAAUUACGUUUUGGCGAAACGUCUGGAUUUGUUGGUCGAGGUGGAACGAUUACAGAAGUCCCUCGACGUCCCCGGAGAUGUGGCAUAUACGUGCGAAACGGCUGGUUACUUCUUUCUAUACCAGGUUCUUUCCCGAUGGGAACACUACGAAAGUAUUAUCCGUCCCAAAAGUGGGAAACUACCAGCAUCCAUACAAACUAUUGCAGACGAAUUUCCCUUCCGAAAUUUCUUUGAAAACGCUCCCCAACCCUUAUUCAAAGGCAAGUCUUAUGAAGAAGACUUAGAAAUAGCUGAAAGUUGCUUCAGAUACAUAAAACACAUGUUCGACGAAUUGGAAGAGUUCAGGGCGUUUGAAUUGCUUCGAUCCGGUUUAGACAGAUCUAAAUAUCUUCUAGUCAAAGAGGCCAAAAUCAUUGCAAUGACCUGUACCCAUGCGGCAUUGAAGCGAAAGGAAUUGGUCGAUAUGGGUUUUAAAUAUGAUAAUAUACUUAUGGAAGAAGCUGCCCAAAUAUUGGAGAUCGAAACAUUCAUUCCAUUGCUACUCCAAAAUCCUGAAGACGGUUACAAUCAGCUGAAACGUUGGAUAAUGAUAGGAGACCACCAUCAGUUGCCGCCAGUCAUAAAAAAUAUGGCCUUCCAAAAAUAUUCUAACAUGGAACAGAGUCUUUUUACAAGACUUGUAAGGCUUGGAGUCCCAACUGUUGAACUUGAUGGACAAGGGAGAGCUAGACCAAGCAUCUGCAAUUUAUAUAAUUGGCGGUAUAAAAAUUUGGGUAAUUUACCGCACGUGGAAUUAUGGGAAGAGUAUAAAAGGGCAAAUCCUGGAUUUGCUUUCGAUUUUCAACUUAUUAAUGUGGAAGACUUUAACGGAACUGGAGAGACAGAACCAAAUCCAUAUUUUUAUCAGAAUUUGGCAGAGGCAGAAUAUUGUGUUGCUGUUUUCAUGUUUAUGCGUCUCAUUGGUUAUCCGGCUCACAAAAUAUCAAUUCUAACCACUUACAAUGGACAAAAACAUUUAAUUAGAGACGUAAUAAAUAGUAGAUGUGCUGAUAAUCCCCUCAUUGGUCGACCUCAUAAGGUAACUACCGUUGACAAGUACCAAGGUCAGCAAAACGAUUAUAUUUUACUCUCUUUGGUUCGAACUAAAGCCGUUGGACACUUACGUGAUGUUAGGCGAUUGGUUGUAGCCAUGUCUCGAGCAAGACUUGGCCUUUACGUCUUUGCACGAGUGUCUCUGUUUAGGAAUUGCUUCGAACUGAUGCCAGCUUUUCAUCAGCUUACGCAAAGACCAACACAAUUGCAUCUGGUGCUGAACGAACCACAUCCUACGACGAGGUACAGUAAUCAACCUUUAACCUCCCCUCCCUUUGUUGUUUUAGAUAUGCCUCAUAUGGCUAACUUUGUCUAUCAGUAUUAUAUGGAAAAAGUGAAAGUUAUGAAAGCUUAUUAUAAGCAGAUGAAAUGGGAAGAACCAGGGAAAUGUGCCGUUUCUGAGCAUGAAGGAUUUAUUUCUUCCCACCCUGGGGAGGACAGAGAUUCAGAUAGUGAUGAGGAAGAAAAAGAACAAAAAAAGUUUCCUAAACCUAUCGAAGAAGAACCUAUAGACAAUAAUAGUAAAGAAUCCGAAGAGAUAGAGAUACAAAACACUAUUGAAGAAAAUCCAGAAGCAAAUGAAAAGUGUGAAGAAUUCCAGUCUGAAAUGCAGCAGGAAAAAGAAAAUGAUGAAGAUAAUGACAAUUAGUUAUGCGGAAGUUAUUUUUAAGAUUAACUUUCUAGUUCAUAUAAAGUUUAACAAAAAUGAAUUAUUGUUUAUUUUCCUUUUUUUAAGAAAAGACAUCUUUACUA